UCACACUUGACUUUGCUUUAAGGACGCGUGGACACUUUCUCCCUAGCUCCUGCUGCUGUGACAGAAAGGUAUUUUGGUCGGUUCUUCCAUUCUCACAGGUGAUAGUUGGUGUUCGUGUAGCACUAGUCCAGCCGUCUGUGAGGACAUCUUCUGAUGUGCGUGUGAUUUAUUUGCCUACAAUACGUGGCAUACGUGGCAGACAGCGUGUGUGAGGGAGAUCGUGGUGAGCGUGCGCGUGUUUGUGCUCACGUCAAUGUCACAGGCCGAAACCAUGAGACUGAAGACUAAAAAAUACACGAUUUUAUUAAAGAAGUCUGUUUAAGAAAAUGUAAAACGUGUGUUACUACUGUGAUGUUUAAGAACGUGAUGGGUGAAUAAGACUGAUGUCAGAUUCUGACUAUUGCAUCAGCUCAUAUUUUAUUUACUUUUUUCCUUGUUACCUUUAAUCGGAGAUAUGUAAUAGCUGUAAAUCAAACUUUGAAAUUUAUGAAAAACCACAAGGCUACUGGGGACUUGUUUUGUCACGUGUUACUUGAAUGUAGUUAAUAUCUAAGCUAAAUCGAGUAUAAACAGUUUAAUUGCUCUGAUGUAAUAGUAUAUUGAACUCAUACAUACACAUCAUAAAUAGCGGAUUCGUACAUUUUGACUGCAUGUUGAGUAUUGCGUAUAAGUCAAGACAACCGUACUUGUUAGUCAGAGUUUAGGUAUGAAGCGCUGCGGCGUUCACUGACGUUUCGCGCGCUCGUACUAAACAGGAUGAGCCCCAUCCAGAGCACCGUAGUUGUCAUCGUCACUGUUUCCAAGCAACGCAAAACCUUAAUGUAAUGCCAUUGGGUUUUUUUUUUAUUUUAGCCUGCUUGUUAUAUUUUAGACUAACCAAAAUCCCACUACUUUUUAUUUUAACCAUUUUCCGGUUGCCAGUAAACUAAGAGAAAAGUUAUUGUAGAAAUGAGUGUAAAAUAGUUGUAAUAGAGGUUAUUAAAUUGCAUUGCCUGUAUGACCUUCUUAGGAGGUAUCCACAUUAUUUUAUAUAUGUGACGGUACUUUAAAAAUAUAUACUAUGAAGAUAUCCCGUGGGGCUUUUGUGUGGGAGAGAGACGUAGGCUUCUUUUUUCCCAGCUGUAACUGAACGCAUUGUUGUUAUUGCAUCACGCGGAAGAGACCAGCCCGAUAUUACACCAAUGAAGCGCAAGCUGCUUUGAAACGACCGAUCUUAUCAAUCGUUACAAUAUAUUAUUUAGAACACGCUAUAAUUUUAGUACCGGGUUUCGCUAGAAGAUCUUCUUCUAUCUUUUGUUCGAUAAACAGCAAAGUUAUCCCUCGGGUGGAUGAUAACACAGUAGUAGCCACGGUUACACGUGUUCCUCGGGAGAAGAAUAAGCGUCCAUCGCUGGGGUCCCCUGUCUCAUCCUUAUCCGGAUCCCCUGCUUCACCCACGAAUUCUUUGUUCAGCAUUUCACUUCGUCCAUGUCACAGAUGGAGAAACAACCGCUGCCAACUGAAGAUGACAUGACAGGAGCCGCAGUGUCAGAACUGAAUGUCCAGAAUGGUGAGGAGAGCCAGGACGGCUCCUCCGAACCUCCUGCCCGUGCUGGCUGGAACAGCAAAAUAGAAUACUUUUUGGCCCAGGUGGGAUUCAGUGUUGGGCUGGGCAACGUCUGGAGGUUUCCAUACCUGUGUCAUCAGAAUGGAGGAGGAGCGUUCCUCCUCAUUUAUGUGGUGCUAAUGUUGGUCGUGGGAAUUCCCCUUUUCUUCCUGGAGCUCGCAGCCGGUCAGGCCAUUCGACAAGGCAGCAUUGGUGUGUGGAGGUACAUCUCCCCCAGGCUGGCAGGGAUCGGCUACUCCAGCUGUGUGGUGUGUUUCUUUGUGGCUCUCUACUACAAUGUGAUCCUGGCAUGGAGUCUCUUCUAUCUGGGCAACUCUUUCCAGUAUCCUUUACCUUGGGAACAAUGUCCAGCGCCGGGAAACGCAACAGAAUGUGAGAAGAGCUCACCAACGUCCUACUUCUGGUACCGCAAAGCUUUGGAUAUAACAGACUCCAUCAAUGACACCGGCACAUUCAACCCUUAUAUCACCUGCUGCCUUCUGGCAGCCUGGACCAUCGUGUGCCUGGGAAUGUUCAAGGGCAUCAAGACCUCUGUCAAGGUGAUGUAUUUCUCCUCCAUCUUCCCCUACGUUGUCCUCUUUUGCUUUCUGGUUCGAGGGCUUCUGCUGGACGGAGCCUUGGAGGGCAUCUCCUACAUGUUCUAUCCUAAGAUUAAGAUGGAGGGUCUGGUCCAGGUGCUGCGACAGGCGGCCACUCAGGUUUUCUUUGCCCUGGGUCUGGGCUUUGGCUCCAUUAUUGCCUAUUCCUCUUAUAACCCCAGGAAUAAUAACUGCCACCGUGAUGCAUUCACGGUCUCUUUCAUCAACUUCCUCACAUCUGUGCUGGCCACUCUGGUGGUCUUUGCUGUGCUGGGCUUCCGUGCCAAAAGAAAAGUCAUGGACUGUGUGUCCAGUAAUCUGAAGGAUCUGUCGGAGAUGAUUCGUAGCAGUCCCAUCGACGCCACCUGGAUCCCAACCUUUGACUACACCAACCCCAGCUCUGUGGAUAUAGCAGAUUACAGAGCCUGGUUUAAGGGGAAUGGACAUCACAUUCCUGGAAAUUUAACAGACUGUGAUCUGGAAAAGGAGAUGCAGAAGGGUGUGGAGGGCACAGGUCUGGCUUUCAUCGCCUUUACAGAGGCCAUGGCUCUGCUCCCUGGCAGCCCCUUCUGGUCAGCGCUGUUCUUCUUGAUGCUGCUCAACCUUGGACUCAGCACCAUGUUUGGAACUUUGGAAGGCAUCCUGGCGCCCCUCACUGACCGCUUCAAGACCCUGGCCAACAACAAGACCAAAUUGACAAUUUUCCUCUGCGUCAUCGGCUUUGUGAUUGGCCUGCUCUUCACACAGAACUGCGGGAACUACUUUGUCACGAUGUUCGACGAUUACUCUGCCACGCUGCCCCUCAUCAUUGUGGUGGUUUUUGAGACGUUCAGUGUGGCGUGGCUUUACGGAGCAGACAGGUUCCUUGACGACAUUGAGUCAAUGCUAGGUUGGCGUCCUCACGUGAUUUACAAAUAUCUGUGGAAAUACAUCUGCCUGCUUGCCAUGCUGGGUUUACUGGGGGCAACCGGCAUACGCAUGUUCAUCCAACGACCAACUUAUAUGGCAUGGAACCAAGAGCUGGCCUCUGAGGAGCCUCUGGAGUACCCCGGCUGGGCUCUGACCGUCCUCUCCUUACUCAUCGUCUUUGCCAUGAUGCCCGUCCCCGUGGGUCUGGUCCACGCUCUCCUGAAAGAGAGGAGCAGACGGUUGUCCAGAGACACAGAAGCCGGUCAGUACAGCAUCGUCAGCACAGACGACAAGUGUGACACCCCGAUGACCGACAUGACAGAACUGGACCAGAGGGACGGUAGUUCCGCCUCCUUGACCUGAUCACACCUGUCCUGAGCCAUGACUGAAGCACAGCUGUGUCUCACAGAUACUUUCAUCCUCCAAGACACUACAACGUGGGAGACAAACGUUUGUUUUUUUUUCUACUAUGUAAAAAUCUUUUUAUUCAUAAUGAACAAUCAGAAAAACUGAAUAUUUAGAAAAAUAUUUUGCUGUCUGUCCUCGAACGUUGCAGACAAGUUUAUCAAUAUUUGGACAGGUUUUAAUAUCAGUACAGCAAGUCAGUCCUAUUUAAAUCAGUAUUAAACCAGUUUAAUUUAACUGAGCACAGUGCACAACAACAAUUAUUUAUUCCAGUUCUCCGAUUGUUAGACUUUUAAUCAGCCAGACACACAUUGUACAUACAAAGUACUUGAGCUCAAAUGUUUACAAGUCAGCACCACACUUUGAGAACCAGCAGCGUGAUUCAUAGUGCCUUGGCUGUAAGUAGUAAAAGAGGCUGGAGGUUGUCAGAACAUCAACAGUCAGAGCCAGAAAUCUUUUAUUUCCACUGGAAAAAUAAUCACAAUUACAUAAGGAAUACACUGCUGUUACACCAGGAACUAUUUACUCCGUUACUACCAAAGGUUUACACAGACCAAUAUAUACCGAUACAAAUGUCCACUGAUAAACAGUUGGUUCCUUCUAUGCCAGACAUAAUCGGCAUAACAGCUGUCAUGUGACUACUGUGAACGCUGAGGUGGAAUUUUACGUGUUUGUAAAUAAGUGUACAGUGAACCACAGGGAAGCUUUCCCCGUCUGUGACAUAUGAAUGAAUCAGAUCUUAUUAUUUUGGAUUAUUACUUUUCGAUCAGUUGGCUUUAAGAGGAAACGUGAGAGCUGUUGUUUCCAAAUGUCUUUCAUCAGAUUGAUGUUGUUUUAACCAUAUAACAUAUUUAAGUGUUCCACUUGUAAAUAUAUUUUUGGCCUCAUGUUCUUUACUAUUGCUUUCUUGUUUGGUGUGUUUCUUUUUUUAAUUUGUGAAAGACAUUUUUGUAAAGGAUGUUUCUAUUUUGUACAUUUUGGAUUUAUUGUUGUUGAAAUGUUGUGACCUUAUUCAGCCAGCUGGUUUUUUAAAUCUGAAAAAACAUUUAGCAUGCGUUUGUCUUGUCAAUCGAGUACUUCCUUUAAUGCAUAAAUAUACAGAAAAUGACAUAGCCCUAAAACCCUUAACCAUUUAAAGUUAGUUUUAUAAGAAUUUGUCAAAAAGUAGCCAGUAUUGCAAAAGAAGAUAAGUUACCAAAAAUUAGCCAAAAAAUUAGCCAAGGCAGAAAAUGGCUAAACUAACUUGAGGUUAGCUUGUGAAUAGCUGAACUGUAGCUUCAUCUGUUAUCUUUUAGCCUCUCCCAUUCAGGUGUGGUUACUACUGGUUGUUGUCGUCUUUGCCUGUGGCUCCACAUAGAAUGGCUGGCUGGGUUGUAAGUUGCUGUGAGUGCUUUUGACUGUUUCUGCAUCAAGUGCCUUUAGAUUUGAAUGCAUUUGACUGAAGCUGAAGUUGAGAUCAUUCCUGCAUUUUCACAAGUGACCGUUUCUAACUUUUUCUAACUUUUUUUUAAAGAAUCUGUAUAAAUUAAUGGUGAAAAAAGCAAAUGUGAUAUAAUUUCACGUCUUAUGUAAUAUAUUGUCAUUUUUAAUUAAAGCAUUUCAUUGUAU